GAAAUGUGAACACGUAGCAAUCAGAUGUUUUUGGACUUCCAGAGAGUCCAGUGGAGUGAGGAGUAAUGGCCUGAGGGGGUUCCACUCUGGUUCACCCGGCCCUGCCAGGUCCAGUGUGCCUCAGCUGUCUGCUCAACCGCUGCAAUCGGCGUGGACGAUGGGAGACGGACUGCAGGCAGGCAGCAGCCAGAACCCCCCCUCUGCCCCACGCCCCCUCCCCUUCAACCCCCCGGCACCAGAGACAUGGAACCCGUCCAGACCAAAACGACAGACCAACCAACUACAUUACCUGCUCAAAGUGGUGUUAAAGACAUUGUGGAAACACCACUUUGCAUGGCCCUUUCAAGCUCCGGUAGAUGCCAUCAAACUCAAUUUGCCUGACUACUACAAAAUCAUCAAGACGCCGAUGGACAUGGGGACAAUAAAGAAGCGCUUGGAGAACCACUACUAUUGGAACGCCCAGGAGUGCAUCCAUGACUUCAACACCAUGUUCACUAACUGCUACAUCUACAACAAGCCGGGGGAUGAUAUCGUCCUGAUGGCAGAGUCCUUAGAAAAGCUCUUCCUGCACAAGAUCACGGAGAUGCCGCAAGAAGAAACUGAGAUCACUGUGGUCACCAAGGGACGACGUGGGCCUCGAAAGGAGGCAGCUGUGAUCACAAAUUCAGAUUCGAGCCAAGACUUGACCCCUCCUCAUGUCGCCCAGUCUCCGCCCCAUCCUCCACCCCAACCUGCACCGCAACUACAGCCGCAACCUCCACCGCAACUUCCACCACAACUUCAGCCGCAACUUCCACCGCAACUUCAGGCGCAACUUCAGGCACAACUUCAGGCGCAACUUCAGCCGCAACUUCAGGCGCAACCUCCACCGCAGCUUCAGCUUCAGCUUCAGUCACAGUAUCCACCACAACUUCAGCCUCACCCUCACCCUCUGCCACAGCCUCCCCCACGUGUGCCUCCCACGCCCACCUCCCACACCCAUCUGGGAACCCAGUUCUCCCUUUCAACCCCUGAAGUCCUGGCCCAGGGCAUGACCUCUGUUCCUCUCCCAGCGCCGUUACAUCCAGGCCUCCAUCCUGUCUCCAUGUUGCAAAGCUCGCCCGCUCUGGUGAAGCAAAGGAAGAGCCAGAAAAGGAAAGCCGACACCACCACGCCCACAGCCAACGACCAGCUCAGCGAAUCACCGCCUGUCUCCGCGGAGACGCGGCUGCGUCGGGACAGUAACCGUCCGUCCAAGCAACUGAAGAAAGAGGGGUCGCAGCCGGACUCCCAGCACCACCUGGUCACAGGCCUGGAGUCGUUGGGGACGGCGACGCCCAAACGUCAGGAGCUGCUGCGUUUCUGCGCGCGGCUCCUCAGAGAAAUGCUGUCCAAGAAACACGCGGGGUACGCCUGGCCGUUCUACAAACCGGUGGACGCUAAAGCCCUCGGUCUCCAUGACUACCAUGACAUCAUCAAACACCCCAUGGAUCUCAGCACUAUUAAGAAAAAGCUGGACAACAAACAGUACAGAGACGCUCAAGAAUUUGCGGCAGACGUCAGGUUGAUGUUCUCCAACUGCUACAAGUACAAUCCUCCAGACCACGAUGUCGUGGCAAUGGCACGGAAUUUGCAGGAUGUGUUUGAAAUGCGUUUUGCUAAAAUGCCCGAUGAGCCAGAGGAACCCAGCCCCGUCCCCACCCCGUCGUCCGCCCUGCACCCAGCCCCCUCCUCUCGACAAGCCCCGCCUCCUUCCACUGUCUCCGCAGAUGAAAGCUCCAGUUCGUCGGAGUCGGAGUCCUCGGGAGGAGACUCGGAGCACGAACGGCAGCAGCGAUUGGCUGAGUUACAGGAACAGCUCAAAGCUGUUCAUGAACAGCUGGCUGCUCUGUCUCAGCCACAGAUGAGCAAGCCCAAGAAAAAAGAGCGGGAGAAGAAGGAGAAGGAGAAGGAGAAAAAGAAAGAGAAGCACAAGAAGAAGCUGGAAGUGGAGGACGCGGUGGAGACCCUGCCCCCGGCGAUACUUCAGACUCCCAAGAAAAUCAAAAGUAGCAAGGAGUCCAUCAUUGGGAAGAAGGAGAGAAAAAAGGCCAGUAAGAAAGAAGGAGGAGGAAAAGUCAGUCGUCCGGUCGUGCCUCCCCAGCCGGGGCCCACUCCUCUGGUCCCGUCGGCUUCCCUGGAGGCAGAGGACGACAUGGAUGGUUUUGGAGGCGUGUCCACAGAGAGAUGUAAGCCCAUGUCGUACGAGGAGAAGCGUCAGCUGAGCCUGGACAUCAACAAGUUGCCCGGUGACAAACUGGGCCGCGUGGUGCACAUAAUCCAAACCCGUGAGCCGUCCCUGAAGAACUCCAACCCGGAUGAGAUAGAAAUUGACUUUGAGACGCUGAAGCCUUCCACGCUGAGGGAACUGGAGAAGUACGUCUCCAGCUGCCUCAAGAAGAAGAAGAAACCCUCAGAGAAAUCCCUGGAAUUGAGUAAUAUGACAAAGAUGAAGACCGGAUCUUCGUCCUCGGGCAGCAGUGACUCCUCAGAGAGUGAAGACUCUGAAAAUGGGCUGGUUCCCAAACAGCAGAAGAAGAUCUUGACAAACAAAGACACAAAGAGACCACAUCAGCAGCCCCCCAGCACCGGAGCUGCUCCGCCUCCGCUCCAGCCUCAGCUGCUGCCACAGAUCCAGCUUCAGUCCCAAGUCAUUCAGUCCAAACCUCAGUUUGUCCCUCCUCCCCCUGCACCCGUGCCCGCCCCCCCCACGGACGCCUCCCAGCUGCUGACGUCGGGAUUUGAUCCAUUGACUCAUUUCAUGAAUCCUCACCUGACGCAGCCCAACCCGUCCAUAACCACUGCCGCUGGGGUCCACGUCGCCGCCGCUGUCCUGAACACCAACCCCCCCGUCAGUCAGCCGCCCACUGAGACACACCCUUUCCUCAACCAACAUCCCAUCAUGCCUUCACCGGCGCUCCACAACGCUCUUGCACAGCAACCAUCCAGACCCAGCCAUCGUGCGGCGCCUCUUCCUCCCAAAGUCUCGCAGCCUCCUCCCCCCUCGCUCCCCACUUUACCUCCAACCUCCUCCCCGCAGCUGCAGCCCUCGCUCCCGCUCGCCCUCUCCCAGCCCGUCCCUCGCCCCCGUGUUCCCUCGCCCCCGUCGCACGGCAUCUUGGGGACCCUUUCGGCACAACCUCCUCAAGCCCUGCUGGAGGACGACGAGGAGCCGACGCCCACCAACCCCGAGACCCCUCCCCUCAGCCAGGUGCAGACGUUCCUGCAGUCGCUCCACCCUCGACUCACCACGCAGAACCAGCCGCUGCACACGCACACGCACUCGCCUGUGCAGAUUCUGUCGUCGCUGCACACACAGACCAUGUUGACGCCCGCCCCAGCGCUGUUGCAGAGACACAGCACAGCCCCCCCCCUCUUGCAGCAGCCAUUCCCGCUCAUGCACACAUCAACGCCGCAGCAGCAGAAGGUGCCGGUCGUGCCGCCGCCGCCGCCGCCGCAGCAGCAUCAACGUCAGCCGUCGCCGCCGAACAAAACAGAACUUUUUUCGACAGGUAUGUUGCGGGACAGCCCCUCCCCCCUGAUGAUGCACUCUCCUCAGAUGCCUCAGUUCCACUCGGUGGGACAGCAGUCGCCGCCACCCAUCAAGAAACACGAUCAGAGGCCCAGCCUCGUGGCAGUGAAGGAGGAGAAACCCCCCCAUUCUCCAGUUCUGCCCCUGUCGCCCUUCAGUCCCACCAUACGUCACGAUACACACAAACCAGACAACAAACACAGAUUAGAUGGAAAGUCUCUGGACGGUCCUCUCUCUCGCUCUGUGUCUCGACAGCGAGACUCCCCGGGACCACUCUUCUCCCAACAAGACAACAAAAUCAAACAAGAGCCAAAAACUCCCGUCUCUUCUAAGAAGCCCCAGGACGUGAAGUUCAAGAUCAUGGGCUCCUGGGCCAGCCUGGCUCAGAAGUCCCAGUCAACGUUGUCCUCGUCCGUCCGCUCGUCCAGUGACAGCUUUGAACAGUUCAGACGGGCGGCGAGGGAGAAGGAGGAGAGAGAGAGACAACUGAAAGCACAGGCGGAGCAGGCCAGCAAAAAGCAGGAAAAGCUUCGUCGAGAUGACGAGGACACCGUGGAGCAGAGCCGACGCGUGCAGGACGACAGCCGCCGACGCCAGGAGCAGCAGUCGCCGCUGACACCCACACCUCCGGCCACGACACCGCCCACUCACUCCCCACAGGCUCCACCCACACAACCCCAAGCCCCGCCCCCAUCAUCUUCAGCUGCACAGAAUGCCCUCGACCAGCAGAGGGAGAUGGCACGUCGUCGAGAGCAGGAGAGGCGCUGGAGAGAGGCGGAGGACACCAUCGACAUCAACUUCCAGAGUGACCUGAUGGCCAUUUUUGAAGAGAAUCUGUUUUAGACGAGGGACAGGAGGAUUAUGGGAAGUGAGAAACGGACCUACGGAAAUACAAAAGAAAAUAUAUACGAAAUGCGUUUAGAUCACAAAGCUCUGAUGUACACGGUCGCUGCUCGUAUGAAUGCACACACACACACACACACACACACUCUGCGUGGUUUCUGUCCUGUGCUCUGAGUUGGUGAAACCUCGAGCUCAUCUUUGUGAUUCAGACUGUGGGGGGGGGCGAAGGGGGGCUGUGAGUGAAACUGACGGUAACAGGAAGUUUCUGUAUCUUUGACUUGACUUGAGGGGGGGGGGCAGGUGGAAAACAAGGAUGGCACAAAAACGGGAGGAGGCGACUUAAAAUUUAAAAAUUUCUCCGAUUUGAUUUUAGUUCAAACUGAGAAAAACGAUGUCUGUAGAAGAAGGACACGGAUCAGGCGACCAAACGUAGACGACCGAUGACUUUCUUUUCUCGCCGCCUCUUUGUUAAAUUUUAAUUGCGAAGGUCACGUUGGUCAGUUGUUGUUUACUCAGGACCCGGAGGAAAACAAUAAACAGCCCUUGUCCCAGCUGCGACCUUACACACACACACACACACACUCUUUUCUAAAUCGUCCUUCCUCCCUUCACGUCUCCGUCAUGAAGUGAUGAAACUGCAGCGUCGGCAGGAAGGAAGUUUGUUCCAGGGUUUGACCUUUGCCUUAGCCACCUGACCUGUAAACAAACGUUCACGCCCUGAAGUUAUACAUAUUAUAUAUAAAUAAAUUAAGACAUGAAAAAAAAUCUAUAUAUAUAUAUAUUAUAUAUGAGGAAAGUGGUUGAAAAAGAUCAGGAGAAAGGUUUGGAUUGCGGGGAGCGGCGCUCGUCUGUGUGUUCAUCUCUGAGCUCUGGUUUGGAUUUUGUAGAAUUUACUGUAAAGAAGAAAAAAAAAACUUUUAUGAUGAUUGUUGAGAGGAUUGUUUUUCGUCUCGUCUUCUUCGGUUUCUCUCACCUUAUCUCCCUCGUUCUUUUUUUUUUUUUUUUUUUUUUUUUUUGACUUCAUGCCAAAACCAAUCUAUCGAGUGUGGAAACGUUUAUUCACGUUUUGAAAGAAAAAAAUGUUAAAAACAAAACACAAAAAAAAAAACAAAUUUCUUUUCACUUUAUAUUAAAGGCUACAUUUUUAUUGCUAUUUAAUUCCCCCCCGCCCUCUUUUAAGGCUCACUUUAUGCAGCAUUUUGCUCUGUAAUAGUUUAAUUCUUAUCAAUCUGCACUCACGUUUUACUCUAGUUUUCUUUUACUCCUGUACAUUUCUCUCAACCAUCGCAACAUUUUUGUUUCUAAACUUUUUUCGUUGUCCCUCUACAGGACGUCUCGUGUCAGUGUUUUGUGGAAGCGGCUCGUGUAGUUUGGCCCAGACGUCUGAGUGUUUUGGGGUUUUUUAAUUCUAUAAUCAGAUCUUUCUCUUUUUUCAUGUUUCAGUCAUUUCGUCUUUCACAUUUUGUCUUUGCUUGUUUGGACUUUUUUUUUUCUUUUUUUUUUCCUCAUGGUUCUACCCAGGACAACCUGUCGGUGUGUUGGUGAGUGAGGCAUUGAUGUCAAUAGAUUCAUCUUGUUCAGAGUACAUUUUUUUAAGAAAAGUAUUAAAACAAUGUUUAAAAAAAA